AUGUCUGAGCAGCAGCAGUUCGCCGGAGACGCGGAGGCUGCGGAGGUUUCGGAGGCGACCGAGCAACUCGAAGGAGUCGCGGGCAGCAGCAGCGGCGGCGGCAACAGCGCGGAAGGAGGGGGCGGCGGCGGCGGGGGAGGGGGCGGCGGCGGCUCGGGCGAAUCGGAGGGAGCCAAAAUUGAUGCGAGCAAGAACGAGGAGGAUGAAGGGAAAAUGUUCAUCGGAGGCCUUAGCUGGGACACUACAAAGAAAGAUCUUAAGGACUACUUCACAAAAUUUGGUGAAGUUGUAGACUGCACCCUGAAGUUAGAUCCUAUUACAGGGCGAUCAAGAGGUUUUGGUUUCGUGCUUUUCAAGGAGUCUGAAAGUGUGGACAAGGUCAUGGAACAAAAAGAGCACAAACUUAAUGGCAAAGUGAUUGAUCCCAAAAGAGCUAAAGCCAUGAAAACAAAAGAGCCAGUUAAAAAGAUUUUUGUUGGUGGCUUGUCUCCAGAUACACCUGAAGAAAAAAUAAGGGAAUACUUUGGAGGUUUUGGUGAGGUGGAAUCAAUAGAGCUUCCCAUGGACAAUAAAACUAAUAAACGGCGUGGAUUUUGCUUCAUUACUUUCAAAGAUGAAGAACCAGUGAAGAAGAUCAUGGAAAAAAAAUACCACAAUGUUGGUCUUAGUAAGUGUGAAAUAAAAGUAGCCAUGUCAAAAGAACAGUAUCAGCAGCAACAGCAAUGGGGAACUCGAGGGGGAUUCUCUGGUAGAGCCCGCGGCCGAGGUGGAGGUCCCAGUCAAAGCUGGAACCCAGGAUACAGUAAUUAUUGGAAUCAGGGUUAUGGCAACUAUGGAUACAACAGUCAAGGAUAUGGUGGCUAUGGAGGCUAUGACUAUACCGGCUACAACAACUAUUAUGGAUAUGGGGAUUAUAGCAAUCAGCAGAGUGGUUAUGGGAAGGUGUCUCGGCGAGGAGGUCAUCAAAAUAGCUACAAACCAUACUAAAUUAUUCCAUUUGCAGCCAAUCCCAAACAGGUAAGUUCUGUUUUUGUAAGUUGUGUCCUAACUUUAUAAUUAAUAGUAGUUUUCAAGUACAUUGUGUAAGAUAUUGUAAUGAUUGAUGUUUUAAAAUUUCACAGCACCCAGAAGUGCUUACCGUAAUGUAACGUAAUGACUUUGAAGAUAAGUAACACAGGUGCUCUUAAGCUUUUGCCUUUUGCCCUAUAAAUUAACAAGUCAGUAAAGUUAACAGGUAAAGUACUGCUAAUGGGUACAAAUUAAGGAAUUGCAGCGAAACAGUAUUGCCUACUAACUCUGAUAUUAUACCUUGUUUGUACCCGCCAGCGGGAACUUCCUUGCAGGCCCUGUGUCGCGCUGACUUCCCGAUUCUCACAGGCCCGCUCAAUGCGGACAGGGUACGAGAUGCUCACGCUCUCGAAUGCUGCCGUUUGGUAUGGUCUCUUCCAACAUCCUGUAUCAGCAUUAUAAUAAAAUGGAUACUUCAAGCUUUGCCUUCACUUAUUUCUUUGCUUGUAAAACAAACUACUUGUAAUGUAAUUUUAAUGCAUUUUUUACAGGCCCAGUAAUGGUUAAAUACAUCAGCUUACUGAAUAAUUUUAACUGUUUGUUCUUCUAAGGAUACAGCUUGUCUCUGGAUUUUCCAGUCUUAAUUUUAUAUUUUAUUAAUCUAUUUUAAUGCUUGCUUUUCCCAUUUUUAUAGACGUUGUAGCAGUAAUUGCAAGAUGUUCUUGAGCUGAAGUCCUGUUGUGUCAACGCCUCUGACUUUUCAAUAUAUACCUAUUUAUAGUAGAUACUUAACUCUUUCUCCUUGUUGUAUUUCUUUUAAUGGAUAAAUAGCGCUGUCUGGCCGGCCAGUAUAAGUCUUUAACAGAAGAGUUUGGGCCGAAAAUAGCCACUCACCAAAUUACUACUCUUGGUGGUGGUAGAGCAUUAAGGAUUCGGGGAGAUGCUUAAUGGCAUUCGGUGAAUAAAUAAGUAUUUCUUAAAUAAUUUCAGAUGUGGCAAGAUCCUUGUUCAAACAGUGGUGCACAUGUGGAUUUCCAGCUCAUGGACUCUCCUGUUCAGCUUUAAUAUAAAAAGCAUACUUGAUUAAUGUUAAUAUGAUAUUUAUAUAGUGGGAUGUAGGGGUUUCUAAACACUUUGUGACUUUAGCUAGAAUUUGUGGUCUUCACAAACUGACCUCCCUUUCUUUCUUUCUAGGUGGACAAGCAGUAUUCUCAUUUGAAGAUUCAUUUUGAGGUGGCUCAUGCUGCCUGCUAAUAGCAGUUCAAACUAAUUUUUUUGUAUCAAGUCCCUGAAUUGGAAGUAAGAUGUUGGCCCUCUGAAGUUUGAUUGUGUUCUCAUUACAACAGAAUUGCUUUCACCGUCUUUUUUUUUUUUUUAAUUGCUAUGCUUGAGAAUCAAUUUCAUUUAUGCCCCACACCCAUUUUGUUCCCCAGUAUUGUAGAAAAAGUCUUGUGUUUAAAGCCCAGUGUGACAGUGUCAUGAUGUAGUAGUGUCUUACUGGUUUUUUAAUAAAUCUUUUUGUACAAAUGUG